GAGUUCCGGUGCGCGAGGUUUGUUUUCGAAGAAGGCGCAGCAAAGUGGAUGUUUGACUCUUAUUAAAACUUCUCUAUCAUCGUGGUUUUAAUUAUUUGCCGGCAACAUUUUGUCAGGAGUGUCAUCACGAUAUGAAAGUCAACACUCUCGUACACUUACCAUGGUGUGCUACAUAACAAACUUUAGGGAUUACAUAAAUCAACUGGAAUGGAUUUACCCUCAAAAAACAUGUACGACACAUAUAAAGAUGAAAUCUGGCAAGAGCUGGGACCCCUGGACCCUGACUGGUUUGAGGCACUGACAGCUCAAACGUUCACUAACGAGGGAAAUGCCUCUGAUCAAGAUGACCUGUGUGCCAACCAAGAGGGACAUUUUAAAACCCCUUUUGACAGAACUGUUGUAGAAAGUCAGCUGUUUUCAACCCCCAAAGUCUUUAGGCAAAGGCGAGUUGUGUCUCCUGAAACUGAGGAUGAGCAGUCGUUUGCUGUUGAACAAGAAAAAGAAACAUUGCCAUGGACAGCAACACAAAGUCCAUAUUUGUUUCGGAUGUCAAAAGAGGGGAGCCGAGGUGCAAAAUAUGAAGGUUUCCCCCCUCAGAGUCAGGACAGUUUUGAUCUGCUUCAUACUCCACAAAAAACCCCAGUCAGCUAUGGCAAGCGUGUAUCUGAAAGUCUCGGAGCACAGAUUCAUUGUGACAUGUCAUGGACCAGUUCUCUGAAUACUCCACCACCAUCCACCUUGAUUUUAUCCAAAACCGAUGAGAGUCCCUGUCCAGUGAGUCUUUCUGACGAAAAAAAUGUUGUUUUGGUACGGAAGCUUUUCCCUUCUCUUUCAAAUGCAUCCAGAGUUGGAGUUGUGUCGCCCAACAAGAAGGACAUACCUAAUUUUCACCAAGGUGGUGUUUUCUCUGAGCCUGGCCAGAAUCCAGAUUCCCACCAUUCCCCCCAGAGUUCACUGAAUCAUCUUGACACUGUUUGGAAACAGACACUACCAGAUGCUAUUGAGGAUGGAGAUACACGCAGAACUAUAGCAAGUGUUCUUGAUGGCGCUGAAAAUGAUCUCUCUAUAUUUUUUACCAACUGUAGUUCAGCACUCAGAAAAGUAAAAACUGAAAGAAUCAAAAGAAAGCAAAUCCUCCCGACAAAAGAACAUGACUGCAGCUCUGCGGACACCUCACCAACAAGCAGUGCUGCGUCCAGUGAACAGAGAACAGCUGAUCAGGCGCCUUGCAGGCUUCCCUCACCCCCACCAGUAAAAACUGGAACGGUUGGAAUCACCCAGUGGUCUCCACUGAGUUUAUCUGAGAUUUCACAUUGUACUGUGGAUACUUCUUUCCAUCAUAAUACCCCUGUUAAACAAGUGGAAAACAAUAUUUUAAGAGAACAACUGCAGAGUGAUGCUGGCCAGCUAGUCAUGCCACCGAAGAAACUAACAGACUCUGGAUUCACUAAGAAAAAGAGAACAUUUGUGUACUCUGUUGUUAAGACUUCAAAAACGCAGGUUCCAGAAAAAGAAACACCGUCUCGGAAAAUGGACUCAUCCCCAGGGAUUCCGGACUUCUCUGGACAAGAAGUUAAUGUGAAGCAGUUGAGGAAAUCCCCAGAUGAAGCAGACGGUUGCAGUAAUGGGAAGAAUGAGAUGCAAAAACAGGGAAAUCUCGCUGAAGAAAAUCUACCUCCCUCUGUACAAGCAAAAGUCCCGGAUCUGGACAUGUCGCAGCUUUGUAAAGAUUUUGCUCAAGACUUUAGUCAAAUGUCAGACCCCGUCAAACUAAGUAGAAUAGCAGAGGAUCCUCCCCAAAAUGACUUCUCUCCAUCAGCCUGUCUGUCAGCCUUGAAACAAGCUAAGAAGAAAGUAAUGCAAGUUCACUAUGACUGUGAUGCCGUCAGUAACAGAAGACAGGUUUCUACCACUAAUCAAAACAACCCCAUUGAUGAGGGCGGGAUAAUUGACAGUGGAUUCCAGUCAGCUGUUGUAGAUAACACUCAUGUGGCCACAUCAUCGUUUCUUCUUCCAAGCUCAAAGAUCAAUAGUCAAAGUCAACAGUGGACUGGCUUUAAGACUGAUAUCGACAGGACCAGUCCUUUCACAUCUACACAUAAAGGAAACGGAGAAGCACAUUUGGAUGAUAUUUUACCAGUAGCUGAAAUGCAUGGCAAGCUGUCCAGUGCAAUCAAGGAAAGACAGACACUGCGUCCCGGCAGCGAGACACAACUACCCAGCAAUGCAAAAGGAACUGUUGAUAAAAGGAAUUGCAUUCCGCUUAAUGGUCAAGUUCAUGGGAGUCUGCUAGAGAAAACAGUUUAUCUUCCUUCCGUCCAUGCAUCGGGAUUCAAAACCGCUUCAAAUAAGGGUAUACACAUUUACUCAGCCAACCUGGAGAGAGCCAAACGUCUGUUAGAAGAGACUAAGGAAGAAAUGACUUUAAGUGACCAGCCUACACAAUGUGCACAUGAUACUAAAGUUGAAAUGAGCAUGAGUGAUGGAUCAGCGAAAAAUCCAACCAUUAACUCAAACCAACCACUAUCUUUAAGUGAAAAAGAUGCGGAUGUCAGUUGCCAGUUAACAGCUUCACAGAAAGCUGAUGUGACUGAGCUGUGCACUCUCUUGGAAGAAGCAGACAGCCAGUUUGAAUUAACACAGUUUAAAACCGCGAAGCUGAAACCACACUGUCAAGAUAAUGCCACGCCCCCCAAAGAAGUUGACAAAGAGCUUGACCCGGAUUUUCUUUCAGGUAUAGAUUUUGAUGACAGUUUUAGUUCGGAAGCUGAAAAGCACCUGGCCGUAACUGUGAUUCAUGAGAAAAUGGCCUUAGUUUCAGAUGGUAAACCAAACAGUGACACAUCUAACAUCACAAGUAAAUCCACAGGUUUGCCAUUGUCGAGUGCAAUGAAAACAGAGAAUUCCUCUCCUGAAGAUGUGUCUUUCUCUUCAAAGCACAUCUCUGAAGACAGUGGCGGUAUUCUGUCAGCUGAACCCAUAAGUCUUGACAGACAUGGGCAGACUAAAACAAGCCAGCUACAGAUCAAAAAUCCUUUAAUGCUUGGGGGUGUGGGAUUCAAGACUGCAGGAGGAAAUGUUUUGAAAGUUUCAAAAAAGUGCCUGAGCAAAGCUAGAGCUUUGUUUGCAGAUUUAGAGGAGAAUCUUGUGACAAGUCAAAACCCACCUGACAAACAAACCAAUUCUAAAACCCUGCAUAAGCGCAGUGUGAAUUAUCACACUGGUGACCUUUUGCAUCUUCAAAAGGAUAAUUCAAAAUUCACAGAUGAUCCCGGAGAAAGGGUUCAGAGCUGUUUUUCCAACGCGAUGGAGUCUGUCUGUCCAGACAGAAAACCACGCGGAGAUGAAGAUGCUCUAAAAACUUUGAACAGCAGCAUAAUGCACACAACCACGCAUCAAAGGGGGUUCCAGAUGGCCAAUGGGAAAGGGAUUUCUACUUCAGCGAAAGCUAUGCAAGAGGUAGAUGCUUUCUUCAAAGACUGUGAAGUUAUCGACGGUAAUGCUGGCAUGUCAGUUAAGCCUAAAAAGAGCAUACCCUUGCCUGAAAGUGUCAGUCUUAAGGAAACCCUUCCAAAAGGUAUAAAUGGUCAAGGGAUAAAAGAAAACCUUGCUGAAGAACCAAUUAAUGAGUGUGAAAAUGUGAAUGGUGGUCCAGCUGCACGCCAUACAGAAGUUGUACAACAUAAUAUGGACAGUCACAAUUUUGGUGUCAAGAGUACACUGGCUUUAACAAAUGCAGCCUCUUUCAGUGAAAACACUUCUUCGACUGCAAAGGCACAUUCAUCUCUCUCUUGCGCAACGUCAAAGAGGAUUGGCCCCUCUGCCAUCAGUGAAGUGAGCGAUGGAGGUGGAUUUUGUUUAGCCAGUGGGGCGAAAGUAUCUACGUCAGCUGAUGCAAUGAAAAAAGCAGAGCAUCUUUUGAAUGAAAUUCAUCCACUUAAGGACGCAAACCAACAACCGAAACAAAAAGGAGAAGCUAUAAGAACAGGCCAUCUCAACAAUCAAAUUCAGGUUCGACCAUCUAAAAUUGGGAGCUUUCAUGCAGCCAGGGGCAAACGAGUGGCCAUUUCAUCUGCAGCUCUCAGGAAAGCCAAACUGUUGAGUGAAUGUGAUAAAGUUGAGGAUAAAAUCUGUCUAAAACCAACACAUUCCAAGAUGGCAGUCCCUGGUCCAAUAUCCAGGAAUAGUGGAUUUCUUGCAGCCAGUGGGAAGCCAGUAGCAUUUUCAUCUGAGGCCCUCCAGAAGGCAAAAGCUCUCUUCAGUGACAUCAGCUUGAGUGCAGAGAUCCCAGCUGUUCCAGACACAAGGAACAGUGACACGAAACAAGAUGAUGCUGACAAUACAGAGAAAAAACAUUGUGGUUUCACAACUGCAGGGGGAGCAAAAGUCCACGUGUCACAGAAAAGUCUGUUGAAAGCAAAAAACCUUUUGGAAGAGUUUGAUGAUGGUUCUAUUUCAACAAAAGCAAUGCAAGAAGCAGAUGCUUUCUUCAAGGACUGUGACAUGGAUGAUAACGAUGCCAUGUCAGUAAAACAUGAGAAAGGUAUAUCAUCUGUGAGUGGAAGUGGCAUUGGAAAGAAAAACCUUUCAAAAUUUAAAAAAAAUCACAAGGUGUCAAUGAAAAUAUCUGAAGAGCCUGGAGGUGGGCGCACUGAGUUUGAAAAUGUGAGCGUGGGAUUGGUUGUAAACCAUGAAAAGAUGAUGCAUCCUGAUGACAUGGAGAUUCACAAAGAUGUUGUUAAGAACACAUUGGAUUCCACCAAAGCACCUUCUUUACAUGGAAACCCAACUUUGAUGACAGGGCAACUUUCUCUCAAGUCGUGCACAACAUCAAUUGAUUCCUCAGCCAACAUUGAAUUGAGCAAAGGUGCUGGUUUCUCUACAGCCAGUGGGAAGAAAGUAUCUGUUUCAGAUGAUGCACUGACAAAAGCAAAGUCUCUAUUGAAUGAAAGUGCUACGUUUGAGGACACAAACAAACAACUGAAACACAAAGAAGACAUCUUUCCAACACAUAACGGUGGAUUUCAGAUGGCCAGUGGCAAAGGAGUUACAAUUUCAUCUGCAGCUGAAAAGAAAGCAAAAACCCUUUUAAAUGAAUGUGAUAAAGUUGAGGAUAAAAUCUAUCUAAAACCAACACAUUCCAAGAUGGCAGUCCCUGGUCCACAAUCCAGGAAUAGUGGAUUUCUUGCAGCCAGUGGGAAGCCAGUAGCCUUUUCAUCUGAGGCCCUCCAGAAGGCAAAAGCUCUCUUCAGUGACAUCAGCUUGAGUGCAGAGAUCCCAGCUGUUCCAGACACAAGGAACAGCGACAAGAAACAAGACAAUGCUGACAAUACAGAGAAAAAACAUUGUGGUUUCACAACUGCAGGGGGAGCAAAAGUCCAUGUGUCACAGAAAAGUCUGUUGAAAGCAAAAAACCUUUUGGAAGAGUUUGAUGAUGGUUCUAUUUCAACAAAAGCAGUGCAAGAAGCAGAGGCUUUCUUCAAGGACUGUGACAUUAUGGAUGAUAACAAUGCCAUGUCAGUAAAACAUGAGAAAAGUAUAGCAUCUGUGAGUGGAAGUGGCAUUGGGAAGAAAAACCUUUCAAAAUUUAAAAAAGAUCACAAGGUGUCAAUCAAAAUGCCUGAAGAGCCUGGAGGUGGGCGCACUGAGUUUGAAAAUGUGAGCGUGGGAUUGGUUGUAAACCAUGAAAAGAUGAUGCAUCCUGAUGACAUGGAGAUUCACAAAGAUGAUGUUAAGAACACAUUGGAUUCCACCAAAGCACCUUCUUUACAUGGAAACCCAACUUUGAUGACAGGGCAACUUUCUCUUAAAUCGUGCACAACUUCAAUUGAUUCCUCCGCCAACAUUGAAUUGAGCAAAGGUGCUGGGUUCUGUACAGCCAGUGGGAAGAAAGUAUCUGUUUCAGAUGAUGCACUGACAAAAGCAAAGUCUCUACUGAAUGAAAGUGCUACGUUUGAGGACACAAACAAACAACUGAAACACAAAGAAGACAUCUUUCCAACACAUAACGGUGCAUUUCAAAUGGCCAGUAGCAAAGGAGUUACGAUUUCAUCUGCAGCUGUAAAGAAAGCAAAAAAACUUUUAAAUGAAUGUGAUAAAGUUGAGGAUACAAUCUGUCUAAAACCAACUAAUUCCAAAAUGGCAGUCCCUGGUCCAAUAUCCAGGAAUAGUGGAUUUCUUGCAGCAAGUGGGAAGCCAGUAGCAUUUUCAUCUGAGGCCCUCCAGAAGGCAAAAGCUCUCUUCAGUGACAUCAGCUUGAGUGCAGAGAUCCCAGCUGUUCCAGACACAAGAAACAGCGACAAGAAACAAGACAAUGCCGACAAUACAGAGAAAAAACAUUGUGGUUUCACAACUGCAGGGGGAGCAAAAGUCCACGUGUCACAGAAAAGUCUGUUGAAAGCAAAAAACCUUAUGACAGAAUUGGCCGAUGGGGAGUGUCACUCAAACUCACAUUCAACAAGCCCACAUGACACCCAUAAGUCAGAUCUAUCAAAAGCGAAAGAUGUGAAAAGAACUUUGAAUUGUUAUCUCAGCCCUGAAGAGGAAAUGUCAAGUGUGCUGGACGGUGAAAUAGAUCAGACAAGCAGCAGUGAGGGAUCUAAUGUCAAAAGGCAACAAGAGUCUUCAGUUGUAAACUUUCAGUCACUUAACCUAAGUGGCUGCACUGAAACCCAGCAGAGGUUUUUCGCCCAGGAAGCUCUGGACUGCACUAAAGCUUUGUUAGAGGAUGAAAGUGUAGCUGGCCAAAGUCUCUCAAUGACUUUAGAAAAUGUGCCACUGCAAGAAAACCCGGGAUUCAGCCACAGAUCUGCAGAGGAACAAAAAGGACCCAGGAAAAGAUCAGUCGAAGACCCAGAUAUGACUGGUCAGCCUCCCCUGAAAAGAAGAUUACUGGAAGAAUUUGACAGAACUGUCGAUGGCCCAAGAGGUUCAACCCUCCAUCCGGACAAAAGUUUUCCAAAUGAUAUAAUGAAAGACAGGAGGGUUUUCAAGUACAGCGUCUCUCUCCAUCCAAACAUCACCAGGCCAGACAGGAAUGGAAAGAAUUAUGUGGAAACCACAUUGCAAAAGACAAAAUCAACACAACAAUCAACCCCAGAAGACAGCAGAUCAGCACAUUCCAAGUUGCCAGUGUUUGUUCCUCCGUUCCUCAAGGAUGCAAAGACAGAGCGUCACAAGAAUCCAGUGCUUAAGAACGCAAAAACACCUACUUCCUUUGUUCCUCCAUUCAAAAAGCAAUUAACUGUUGUCCAAGAGAGCUCCUCUAAACCCCAGGGGGUAACACCCAUUAACAGCAACACUUAUGUACCGCCCACUAAAAAAACACAAAGCAAUACAGAUGUAACUGUUAAUAACAGCAAAGAAGACAUUCAGACGGUGGUCUCAGCUGACACUACAAAUGAUAAUCCGCUAAUUAAUCAAACCGUUACGGUUAGCUGUGGAUCCGUGGACUCUGCUGCAGAGGUGUCACGGGUGGAGGACCCAGUGUCUACAAGCCAAGACAUGUUUCAGGAUCUUCAUAAUAUAGAGCUGGCACGAGAUAUGCAAGACAUGAGGAUCAGGAAAAAGAAGCGCCAGACCAUUCGACCUUUGCCGGGGAGUUUGUUUCUCAUCAAAACAUCAGGAGUGUCGAGGAUACCAUUAAAAGCUGCAGUCAAUGGAAAGCCUCCUAGGAGAUACACUCAAAAACAGCUGUAUGGACGUGGAGUCCAUCAGCAUGUGUAUGAGAUCACCAGUGAGAUUGCAGAAUCUUUCCGCUUCAAUUUACGGCAGUUCCUCAAACAGGAAGCCUUUAUAGACAGCGGUGGUGUUCAGCUUGCUGAUGGAGGAUUACUGAUCCCCAGCAAUGAUGGGACUGCAGGGAAAGAAGAGUUUCAUAGAGCAUUAAGUGACACCCCAGGUGUGGACCCUAAACUGAUCAGUGAGGGGUGGGUGUACAAUCACUACCGAUGGAUUGUAUGGAAGCAGGCCUCCAUGGAAAGAUCAUUUCCAGAAACAAUGGGCAGCCUCUGUCUCACCCCAGAGCAGAUCCUCCUACAACUGAAGUACAGAUAUGAUGUAGAGGUGGACAACAGUCGCAGGCCGGCUCUGAGAAAAAUUAUGGAAAAGGACGACACAUCAGCCAAAACCCUGGUCCUCUGUGUUUGCGGGGUGGUCUCCAGGGGCCAGACCCUAAACAGACAAAGUUUCAAUGACACUAAGACUCCACAAGGGGCUGAUGCCAAGGUUGAAAACCCAUCUGCAGUUGUCUGGCUGACAGAUGGAUGGUACGCCAUUAAAGCCCAGCUGGAUGAACCUUUGACUGCCAUGCUUAACAAAGGGCGAGUGGCUGUCGGUGGGAAGUUGAUCAUCCAUGGAGCUCAGCUGGUGGGUUCUCAAGAUGCUUGCUCCCCUCUGGAGGCACCUGAAUCUCUCAUGUUAAAGAUUUGCGCCAAUAGCAGCAGACCCACUCGAUGGGAUGCUAAGCUGGGAUUUCACAGGGAUCCACGGCCAUUCCUGCUUCCUGUCUCUUGUUUGUACAGCAACGGAGGACCAGUAGGAUGUGUGGACAUUAUCAUUUUGAGAAGCUACCCAAUCCAGUGGAUGGAGAGGAAACCAGACGGAGGCGUGGUGUUCCGUUCUGAUCGUGCUGAGGAGAAGGAGGCGAGACGAUACGACGGCAACAAACAAAAAGCUUUGGAGAUCCUGUAUGCCAAGAUUCAAGCUGAAUUUGAAAAGGAGGACAAAGGAAAUAAACCUCAACAUAGAAGACGGACAUUCACCCGACAGGAGAUUUCAAGACUUCAAGAUGGAGAUGAGCUGUAUGAAGCAGUGGGGAAUGACCCAGCUUACCUCGAGGCUCAUUUGAGUGAAGAGCAGUUGGAGACUCUGCGUACCUUCCGGUGUUCUCUCAUGGAGAAGAAGCAGGCGGUACUGCAGGAUCGCUACCGGCGAGCAUUAGAAAGUGCAGAGGACAGCGAAGGUAUUUGUCCCAAGCGAGAGGUUACACCUGUGUGGAGACUGUGCGUUGCUGACUCCAUGGACCAACCAGGCAGUGUUUACCAGUUGAAUCUUUGGCGACCUUCCUCGGAUCUUCAGUCUUUAGCGAAGGAAGGCUGUCGAUACAAAGUCUACAACCUUACCACGUCGGAUGGAAAGAAACAUGGUUGUAGCACAACAGUUCAGCUGACUGGGACAAAGAAAUCACAGUUUCAGGACCUACAGGCUUCUCAGGAAAUGUUAGCAACACGUUUUCAACCAAGGGUCUCUACCUGUUUUGUGGAUCUUCAAAACCCAGAAUUCCAGCCGCUGUGUGGAGAAAUUGAUCUCACAGGAUAUGUCAUCAGUAUCGUAGAUGGGCAGGGUUUCUCUCCUGCAUUUUAUUUGACCGAUGGGAAACUGAACUUUGUGAAAGUGCGCUGUUUCAGCAGCCUUGCUCAGGCUGGCUUGGAAGAUUUGGUAAAACCACAUGUCCUUUUGGCCCUGAGCAACCUGCAGCUGAGAGGUCAGUCCACAUCUCCCACUCCCGUUGUGUACGCUGGAGAUCUGACCCUCUUCUCAACAAACCCCAAGGAAGCACAUCUGCAGGAAUCCCUCAGCCAACUCAAAAACUUGAUCCAGGGUCAGGAGAACUUCCUUCAAAUUGCUGAGAAGAAGUUUUCACAUUUGGUCCAAUCUGAUGGCCUAAAGUCCAUCUCCUCUCCAGCUCUGCAAACACGAACCCCAGCUUCUGCAUCGGUCAGAAGACAAGACACAAGAACAAGUGUGACCCCUCAGCAGCCAGUCAGAAGCCUUGGAGCAUUCACACCGGUCAGUAGGAAACCUCCUGCAGCAAACUGUUUGUCAGAGAAAGACCCCGUCAGCCUGAAGAGGAAAAGAGCUCUGGACUAUCUGUCUCGCAUCCCUUCUCCACCAUCUCUCUCCCAUCUUGGCUCAGUGGCAUCUCCAUUUAUAAAUAAGACAUUCAACCCCCCUCGGAGGUCUGGAACACCUUGCACUUUAAAAACUGUACAGACUCCAGCUUGCAAACCUAUCAAUCCACCCGUGGAGGAUGAUUGGGUGAAUGACGAAGAACUGGCUAUGAUUGAUACUCAGGCAUUGCGUGGUGGGAAUUUAGUAUAGGAGUGUAACUUAACUGUAAAAACAAAACUGUACAAAUGAGUGAAUGUAAAAGCUGUCUACGGCAUAUAUUCUGUGUUGUUUUUCUGUGUUGUUUUUGUGGUCUCAUUGGACCCAUUAAAGAAGUGAAAUCACUUCACAUUAGUAAAUCAUGGCAUCACUUUA